UCUACGGUGGCCGCGCGGGCCAAAGCGCGCUGCGUGCGCCGUGCUCGUUCCGGGGGGCUUCCGCUGUAGUAAUGGAGGGGGUCACAGUCGGCCAGGUAUUUGAUGCGGAGUGCAUCCUCAGCAAACGGCCGAGAAAGGGGAAGUCGGAGUAUCUGGUGAAGUGGAGAGGGUGGUCGUCCAAACACAACAGCUGGGAGCCGGAGGAGAACAUUCUGGACCCGAGGCUGCUGGCCGCCUUCCACAAGAGAGAACAAGAGCGAGAACUUCUGUUCCAGAAGAAAGGGAAGCGACCAAGAGGACGGCCCAGGAAGAUUCUGGUAGAUCUCCUUCAGCUAGUCCUCCUUCUCCUUCUCCUCCUCCCCCCCCUCGCCUCGCUGUCCUCCUCUCACUCCUCCUUCUCUUUGUCCUCUCAGCAGCCGGAGCCGGCCGCUGCAGAAGAUGGCCACUCCUCCUCCUCCUCCUCCUCCAGUCUCUCGUCCUCAGUCACGUCCUCCUCCUCCUCCGAGGAGGACGAGGAAGAGGAGGAGGAGGAGGAGGAGGAGGAGCACAGCAAAAAAACAAAGCCGCGAGUCCACGCCGUCCCGGUGAAGAGGCCUCCGAUGGCGCCCCCCCAGCCUGAACCCCCAUGCAAGAAGAAGCGUGGCAGGAAGCCACUACACCCGGACCUGAGGCUUCUCAGGCAGGCCAAGAGCAGACCUCCUCUCCUUCUUCCUCCUCCUCCUCCUCUUCAUCCUCGCCACCAGCAGGGGCUCAGACCCCCCAGGGAGGACCCUCGCUCCGCAGUGAAGAAGCCCCUGCAGCCAGCCAGCUUCACCUACACCGGUCUGAGCCGGGCCUCCAGGGAGGAGGCCUCCUCCCACGCCUCCUCCAGCUCCUUCUCCCAGACCUCCUCCUCUAAGGCGGGUUCCCUGGGCUGCAUCUGGACCGGCCGCUCCAUGUCUCCGUCCUCAUACGGCAGAACCGGCCCGGCUCCUCCGUCCUCAGAGACAGGAAGUAGAGGCGACGGGCACAAGGCCCCAAAACCUGGAGGCGGAUCUGGGUCGUCGGUUUCGCACGGCGGCAUCGGCUCCCUGGCGGCGGCGCAGCGCUCCGUGCUGGGCCAGCGCCGGCAGGACGGGCCGGUCCAACACAGGCGGGAGAACCUCCCGAGAGAGCGAGCCAGCCAGGCGCUCAGCCUGCGGGCGCUCAACCUGCAGAGCGUCGGCGCCGCCAGGUCCAGCGCCAGGAGUGGAGCCAAGAGAGGAGCAAGGAGCGGCGGCGAGCAGGCCCGGCUACGGGAGGACCAGGGGAAGGAGGUGACCACAAAGAUGACAGGAGGCGUCCAGAACCGGAGCCUCACCGAGCUCAGCACCGGGGACUCUGAGGAGACCAGCAGCAGCGAGUCAGAGCGAGGGGGCGCGGCGUCGUACCCCAGCGGCGACCUCGCCAGUGGCCGGCUGGGCCUCGGUGGCGGCGGGGGUUCCGACGGCGAGACGGACUGGCGGCCGGCCCGAAGCCUCCUGGAGCACGUGUUCGUCACCGACGUCACCGCCAACUUCAUCACGGUGACGGUGAAGGAGUCGCCCACCAGCGUCGGGUUCUUCAACUCCAGGAACCACUGAGGGGCCUUCAGGGGCCUUCAGGAGCGAGGAGCAGUUCUCUGCUACGGAGAACAGAGCGACGAUUUACCUAAAAACUGAAAACAAACGUUGAGGUUCUCUGGUUUGGGAAUUAGUUUGAGGUAUAUUUGUUUCCCAAUGGAACUCGUUCUUAUAAUUAUUAAUAUGAAUAUUAUAAUUAUUAUUGUUGAAAUAAGUGGCGUUUCUCUCGAGGACUCCGCCCCCUUAGGAUUCUUUGGUGCCUCUCAGAACAUCAGCGGCCUGUUGGACCUCAACUGAUCAUGUGACCUUCAUCGUGGUAAAAUAACCAGUGACGUGAAUUAACGUGUCAGUUUUCUCUUUUGGACCAAAGCUGUUACAAAUGUGAAUUUUCUUGUUUCCUUUGCACACACGGACAUUCCACCAUCACUUAUAUUUACUGCUUUUAUAACAUUUGAAUACGUUGUUGUUGUCAGUGUCUUUUGAAAUGUUAAUUUAUAUUUGUACAUACGUGUCUCUGAUGGUGCUCGUGUGCGCCGCUCUGCCAUUUCCAAGGUAUUUGAAAUAAAUAUAAAGUACAUGAAGAAAUCUUUCUUCACAGUAACGUUA